CGGUGGAGCUGAUGGGAAUAAUAUUGAAGGACCGGAACGCGAAAAAAAAUUGGAGGCGCUUUAUUUUGAGACUAGAGACAGGUUGCUUUCGGUACGUUGUGUGGUGUAGUUUAACAGCAUCUUAUUAUAACUAGCUAGUUAGACACAUGGAUAAAUACUCCCAUUUGCAUGCAAUUAAUACAAAACCACUGUAUUGUGGUCAGCUAACCUGUCUUGUGUCCAUCUAGCUAACAUUAGCCAACGUAACUGGGUGAAUCCCUAAUGUCGUCAGGAAGGAGUAGGUUUCCUGGACCGGAUCGGUUCGAAUACCUCCAAGCAUUGGUUACCGAGUUCCAGGACACCGACAGUACAGAUGCCAAAGAGCAGGUCUUGGCGAAUCUGGCCAAUUUCUCGUACGACCCCGGGAACAUGGAGGACCUGCGGACCCUGCAGGUGACGGAGCUCUUCCUGGACAUGCUCACUGAGGAGAGUGAGAACCUGGUGGAGUUUGGAAUUGGGGGCCUCUGUAACCUGAGCGUGGACCCCGCCUGCCGGGACCAGAUCCUGGAGAGCGACGGCAUCGCCCUGGUAACGGGCUGCCUGUCCAGCCGUCGGGAGGAGACGGUGCUGUCGGCCAUCGGCACCCUGAUGAACCUGGCGACGGGGGCGGGGCCGCGGGCGGGGUCCUCCGCCCGCGAGCGCCUCACCGACCCCGCCGUGCUGCAGUGCAUGCUGCGCUUCUCGCUCUCCCACAGCACCCGCCUGCGCAACCUGGCCUGCGUCUUCCUGCAGGACUGCUGCACCCCCGCCCAGGUGGAGCGGGCCCAGCGCCAGCUGCAGGACUGCACCCAGACCGCCCUGGGGAUCCCCCUGCCACAGGACUAGCUCGGAAACGGUUACUUAGCGACCAGGGCCGGGCAAAGCGACGCUGCUGCGGGUCAGUCCGGGCUCUGGUCAGCUGGCAACCUGGGUUCUGCUCCACAGGAAGAGACAGCCCAGCCCACGGUUAUGCACACGCUGCACACGUAGGCUCUGGGUCCGCAGUGGAUCUGAUUACUUGCUGGAACAGGAUCUGAUUACUUGCUGGAACAGGAUGUGAUUUGUGGAUGCCCCCUGUACACUUAUUACUGGAUUCUGGCUUCCUGUUGACAGCACUCUGUCAUCCCCUCUGACCCAGAGAUGCUUUUAUAAUGGAUUUCAAAAGGAAAAAGAAUCAUUACCUCCACUGCUUUAACUUUUUAACAAGACAACAUGCGGGAUUUGUGAUUGAUUCUGUGUCAUAGCCUUUCAUCUCUCAACAGAAUAAACACAGGUGUGUGUGUGUGAAUUUUGUCCUUUUGAAUUUUCUAAAGGUUUAAUAAAUGUGUACUGUUG